AAAGAUGGGGGAUUAGGUGGCGAGAGUCCUGCGGUUCCCCCUGCUUCAGGAGCGGGUCUUCGCGCCCGGUUGUGGAGAGUCGCGCGCUGGGAGGGGGCAGCUGGGGGGCGGCGGCGGCGGCUCGCGGUGUUGUUCGCUCGCGCGUCGAACACACGGUGGGUCCGGUGACCGGCGGGCGUCGCAGGCGGCGUUCCUUGUGGCCCGGUGCCUCGGCCGCUGCCCACAGCGGGUUCCACCCGGGAGCCUGACAAUCCUGGAGGCUCUAGGUGGAGUGCCGGGAGCUGAGAGGGACCGGCGGCCACCGCCGAAGCAUGAAGAAGGGCUUUUCUUGUUUAAGAUUGUUGCCAUAUCCCUCUUGGUAAAACGGAAUUGCACAUAGACAUUGCAGAGGCAGUUGUUUUAAGGCGAACUGAAUAACAGAUGAGAAGUGACCUGUCACCAACAGACUUUGAAAAGAAGUGAUGUGAUUGGUCACUGAAAUGAUGUGCAUCUCUUAUUAACAUAGUGACCUGUGAACUGAAGUGCCAGCAAAGAAGUUCGUAUUUAUGUAGUUACUCACACUUAGUAUACUGUGGUGAACUGGCAUAGAGGUUGAUCUCAAGAUGCCAUUAGUGAAAAGAAACAUCGAUCCUAGGCACUUGUGCCACACAGCACUGCCUAGAGGAAUUAAGAAUGAACUGGAAUGUGUAACCAAUAUUUCCUUGGCAAAUAUAAUUAGACAACUAAGUAGCCUAAGUAAAUAUGCUGAAGAUAUAUUUGGAGAAUUAUUCAAUGAGGCACAUAGUUUUUCCUUCAGAGUUAACUCAUUACAAGAACGUGUGGACCGUUUAUCUGUUAGUGUUACACAGCUUGAUCCUAAAGAAGAAGAAUUGUCUUUGCAAGAUAUAACCAUGAGAAAAGCUUUCCGAAGUUCUACAGUUCAAGAUCAGCAGCUUUUCGACCGCAGGACUUUGCCUGUUCCAUUGCAGGAGACAUACGAUGUUUGUGAACAGCCUCCACCUCUCAAUAUACUCACUCCUUACAGAGAUGAUGGUAAAGAAGGUUUGAAGUUUUAUACCAAUCCUUCAUAUUUCUUUGAUCUAUGGAAAGAAAAAAUGUUACAAGAUACAGAGGAUAAGAGGAAGGAAAAGAGGAAGCAGAAGCAGAAAAAUCUAGAUCGUCCUCAUGAACCAGAAAAAGUGCCAAGAGCACCCCAUGACAGGCGGAGAGAAUGGCAGAAGCUGGCCCAAGGUCCAGAGCUGGCUGAAGAUGAUGCUAAUCUCUUACAUAAGCAUAUUGAAGUUGCUAAUGGACCGGCCUCUCAUUUUGAAACAAGACCGCAGACAUACGUGGAUCAUAUGGAUGGAUCUUACUCGCUUUCUGCCUUGCCGUUUAGUCAGAUGAGUGAGCUUCUGACGAGAGCUGAGGAAAGGGUCUUAGUCAGACCACAUGAACCACCUCCACCUCCACCAGUGCAUGGAGCAGGAGAUGCAAAACCCAUACCCACCUGUAUCAGUUCUGCUACAGGUUUGAUAGAAAAUCGUCCUCAGUCACCAGCUACAGGGAGGACACCUGUGUUUGUGAGCGCCACCCCCCCACCUCCUCCACCACCUCUUCCAUCUGCCUUGUCAACUUCUUCAUUAAGAGCUUCAAUGACUUCGACUCCCCCCCCACCAGUACCUCCCCCACCUCCACCUCCAACCACUGCUUUGCAAGCUCCAGCAGUACCACCGCCUCCAGCUCCUCUUCAGAUUGCCCCUGGAGUUCUUCACCCAGCUCCUCCUCCAAUUGCACCUCCUCUAGUACAGCCCUCUCCACCGGUAGCUAGAGCUGCCCCAGUAUGCGAGACUGUACCAGUUCACCCACUCCCACAAGGAGAAGUCCAGGGGCUGCCUCCGCCCCCACCACCGCCUCCUCUGCCUCCACCUGGCAUUCGACCAUCAUCACCUGUCUCAGUUGCAGCUCUUGCUCAUCCUCCCUCUGGGCUACAUCCAACUCCAUCUACUGCCCCAGGUCCCCAUGUUCCAUUAAUGCCUCCAUCUCCUCCAUCACAAGUUAUACCUGCUUCUGAGCCAAAGCGUCACCCAUCAACCCUACCUGUAAUCAGUGAUGCCAGAAGUGUACUUCUGGAAGCAAUACGAAAAGGUAUUCAGCUACGAAAAGUCGAAGAGCAGCGUGAACAGGAAGCUAAACACGAACGCAUUGAAAAUGAUGUUGCCACCAUCCUGUCCCGCCGUAUUGCUGUGGAAUACAGUGAUUCAGAAGAUGAUUCAGAAUUUGAUGAAGUAGAUUGGUUGGAGUAAGAAAAAAUGCAUUGAUAAAUAUUACAAAACUGAAUGCAAAUGUCCUUUGUGGUGCUUGUUCUUUGAAAAUGUUUGGUCAUUCCAGUGUUUUGCUUUCUUUUCCUUGAGGUAAAUAACCCUUUUCCUCCAUAAUUUUUGAUUUCUAAGAAAAAUAUUAGCAUACAUUUCAAACUAAAUGUUUUACAGUGGCUUAUCUUUUUUUAUUUUUCCCUGAAAAGGCAUCAUUUGGUCAAAUAAACCACUAAGUAUUAAGCAUGGACAGCUGUUGUUAGAGUAGCUGAUUCAGUUUUUUGAUAUAUCUUAAUUGUGCACUUUGUGAAUUUUAAUUUAAAGAGCAACUGAGAUUAAAAAUCUUGAGGGCAGCUGUAUCUGUUAAUGAGCCUUAUUCCAUUUCCUGACGUUUUAAAAGAAGAAACACUGCCUUUAUAUGAAUACACUCAGAAAGUACAUUUAGCUUGUAGUAUUGAAUUCUCUUAAAGGAAUGCUUGAAUUUUUAAUUAUUGUUUUAUUGUUUUAAAAUACUUGCCUUAUUUGAAUGUUUAGCAGUAUCCCCUUCCUACUUAUAUAUUGUGUGGUACAAUUUUGCUUGCCUAUAAGAGUUUAAAAAUUUUCCAUGUGAAAUACUCUGACAUAAACCAUGUAACUUACAUAACUGUUAAGAAUAACAGUCUGAUUUAAUAAAUGGUUCAUUUUAAAGGUU